AUGCUGUGUGCUUGCUCUGGAGAGCAAUUCAAGCUUGAAGAAGAAGAAGCAACAGCAGCUGUGCCACAGUCCCCUGAAUCACUGGCCACAAGGGACUUCUCUGCCAGUGGCCUUUCAUCGUCAAGAACUGCAACUGGAACCAUUGUUGACUGGGAAGCCAAACUGGAAGAUGCUCAGGUGGAUGAAGCUGAGUCAACUUUGAAGGAAGCUCUGUCUUUAAACUAUGAGGAAGCCAGAGCAUUGUUGGGGAGGCUUGAAUAUCAGAGAGGCAAUUAUGAUGCAGCUCUUCAAGUUUUUCAAGGGAUUGAUGCUAAAGUCCUGUCUCCGAGGAUGUCCAAAGCCAUUGCUGAGACAUUCAGGACUCCGCCUGCGGUGGCGCCGCAGAAACUGCGGUCCCGGGGGAGAGCAAUGCAGGCAGGGGUAAUGUCUCUGCAUUCAGUGAGUUUGCUUCUUGAAGCAGUCCUGUUGAAAGUGAAAUCCCUACAAGAACUUGGAAGAUUCAAAGAGGCUGCAAGGGAGUGCAAGAUCAUCUUAGAUACAGUUGAAUCGGCUCUGCCUAAUGGCAUGGUGCAUUGUGAGAUCAGUGAAGACUGCAAGUUGCUGGAGAUUUUUCACAGAUCCCUGGAAUUAUACCCCAAGCUAUGGCUGCAAGCAAGGUCCCUGGAUGAAGCCAUUGCUGCAUACAGAAGGGCUCUGUUGAAGCCCUGGAAAAUCAAUCCCCAAAGGCUAGCAAAACUGCAGAAGGACUUGGCUGCCACAUUACUCCAUGGAGCCAUUGUUCCAUCUCAAUGUCCUAAAAGCAUCAGCCCUGAAGAAGAGUCUAUUCUUCUGCUGUCUAUACUUUUGCAGAAGGCCUUGUGUGGUGAGGUGGAGUGGGAUCCAGAAGUCAUGGAUCACUUAACCUAUGCCCUCACAAUCUGCAGAGAAUUCGAGUCUUUGGCUGAUCGUGUUGAGCAGCUUCUUCCAGGAGUGUAUAAUCGGAUCGAGGGAUGGUACUUUCUUGCACUCUGCUACAGCGCUGCAGGUUCAAAUCAGACAGCAUUGAACCUUUUGAAGAAGGUAUCAGGCAUUUCAGAGAAUGGUCAAAUACCUCACUUGGCAGCAUUCUUGCUUGGGGCAAAAUUGAGCGCCCAAGAUCCGAAUGAAGCUUCUCAGGGAAUUAAAUAUGCUCGUAGAGUGCUCGACCUUUCGCCAGGCGGGAACAGGCAUGUGCUGAGCCAAGCCCAUAAGUUUCUAGGAGUCUGCUGUGGAAAUGCUGCAAGGCUGUCUGUGUCUGAUGUAGAAAGAGCUGCUUUGCAUAGGGAAUCACUCGCCUCAUUGAACCAAGCUGCUCUAAUCCAGAAAAUUGAUCCAGAGAUUAUCUUCAGACUUGCCGAAGAAAAUGCUGUGCAGAGGAACUUGAAUUUGGCCUUUGAUCAAGCUAUGCAGUUCCAAAGAUCAACUGCUGGCAGCUCGGUCAGAGGUUGGGAACUCUUGGCUCUAAUUGCAUCAGCAGACCAGAGACUGAAGGAUGCCGAAGCAAUCAUUGAUCUAGCAUUGGAGGAAACAGGACGUGUAGAUCAGCUAAAAUUUUUGAGAUUGAAGGCCAUUCUUCAGAUUGCCCAGCAACAACCAAAGCAAGCAAUAGAAACUUACAAGAUUUUACUGGUGUUAACUCAGGGGCUUAGUGACAAAACGACCAAUGAUGAAGAAGGCAGGAGAUUGGAGCUGGAAGCGUGGCUGGAUUUGGCCGGACUUUACUCCAAUCACGGGCUAUGGAUAGAUGUUGAUAUCUGCAUUCAAAAAGCCAAGGCUGUUGAAUAUUACUCUCCUCGAGUUUGGCACGCAACAGGAAGACUAUCUGAAGCUCAACAACAACACAAAGAGGCAAUUGUUGCACAUUCCAUUGCCUCGUCUAUAGAGCCUAAUUUUGUCCCAAGUAUAAUUUCAACUGCUGAAGUGUUAAUAAAGAUGGGCAAGGAAUCACUACCUUUAGCAAAAAGCUUCCUGAUGAGUGCACUGCGGCUGGAUCCCACGAACCAUGAUGCGUGGUUGAGUCUUGGACGGAUAUAUAAGAUGGAAGGACUGGUGCAACAAGCGGCAGAUGCCUUUCAGGCUGCGCAUGAACUCAAGAUCUCGGAACCUGUCCAAAGCUUUCUAUGAAUAAAAAUAAUUUAUUUAGAGCUGACAAAGCUGAAUACAAGGAACUAGUGUCCAAACAUUCUUACAGGGGAUACCUCCACAAGAGAUGAUACUGGUUGCCAUCAUUUGCCCUGAUGUUAUUCUUGCUGAUCGAACUUGUACAGUUUGCUGUUAGAAACAAAAAAAUUGAAGAGAAAGAAAUAGAAGCUUAUGAAAUAUCUGUGCUGAUGGCAACUAUCAUGUUUGCUUUUAUUAGUUGUUCCCAUACAUGGAUU